UUCUUGAAAUGGACACUUACAGGUAUCACGGACACUCCAUGUCUGACCCUGGCAGCACUUAUCGCACCCGUGAUGAGAUCUCCGGUGUGAGGCAGGAGCGCGACCCUGUUGAAAGAAUCAGGAAACUGAUUCUAGCCCAUGAUAUUGCAACUGUGUCAGAGCUGAAGGACAUCGAGAAACAAGUUAAGAAGGAAGUGAGUGAUGCGAUUGCUAAGGCGAAGGAAAGCCCUAUGCCAGAUUCUUCUGAGUUAUGUACAAAUGUCUAUGCAAAUGCAUCAGGCGAAGAGGUAUUCUACCCAGACAGGAAACAUAUAAAAGGUGUUCUUGCAUGAAUUUCGAGUUUGCUCAUCUAUUUAUGAUGAUAGUGAAGGAAUCUGGUUUCUUGUUGAAGCUUAAAUAAAACGUUGAGCUCGAGCAGCUGCACCUCAACUCGAAAGGAAGAACUGAAAACCGUUUAGCUGUGUAUUUUGAUAAGACAGAUUACUCUCAAGUUCGGCAUCCUGGCGUUAUACCAUAUGAUCUUUUAUUAUCACUCGGUCCUGUUCUGGUUUUUGUAAUCAUAUUCUGGAAAAUACAAAAAAAAAAAUUCCUAUUAGU